AGUAAGGGGGUAAAACAUGACGAAACACGGAAGCUUACGUUCAGUUGCGUGUGUAAGCGUAGAAAAACAAUGGUGUCCUCACGCAAGUUCUCCGAGGGUCUCCUUUUAUUUUGUGUUUUCUUUUUUCCAAAUGCUGUUUCCCCAGUUUCUACCGAACUAAACGUCCGACACUCUUCUCAAGAAAAGCUUCGUGUAAAAAGGCAGGGAUGUCAAGAUGGCACUUACGAGCAUCUAGGCAUAAACUGCUGUAAAUGUGCAGCUGGUCAGCGAGUGGAAGAGCACUGCACUAAAUCUGCAAACGAUGGAAAAUGUGUGUACUGUGAAAAUGGGACUUAUAACAGUGAACCCAAUUCUAAGGAGUCCUGUGAAAUCUGCACAUCCUGCGGUCCAGAAAACGCUAAUUUAGAGCAAGAAGAAGCCUGCACCACUAUCAAAGACAGAACGUGUAGAUGUAAGAAAGGUCACUACUGCAAUACUGCAGUAGGAACCUGUAAAAUAUGCCAUCCCUGUACAAGAUGUUCUUCCAGCGGCGUUAAAGAGCACUGCACAGCCACCAGUGAUGCAGUUUGCAACGAGGAAAGUGGAGGUUUAUCGGGUGGUGCGGUCGCUGGCAUUGUGAUUGCAGUUUUGGUUUUUCUUGCUGCUCUUGGAAUAGUGUUCAGGAAGAAAAUUCUGGGCUUUUUUAAACGUGACACAUCAAAUUCCCCUGUCCCUGAGAAUAACCCACUUCUUCCAGUGGAGAUGGGGCCGCACAUUGUGGAAUUGGCAGAAAUAAUCGGCUGGAAGGAUAUGAGACAAAUUGCACUCGGUUGUCAGAUGGCAAAUUCCAUUGAGAAUGUGAAACUCAGCCACCCCAAUGAUAGUGAAAUGUGGACCCAAGAACUACUCAGUAAAUGGGUGGAGCGGAAGGGCAGGCCUGCGUCAGUAGAGCUCAUCACGACCCUGCGGAAAAUGAGGAAAAACACCAAGGCGGACAAAAUCAAAGAGAAACUCUAUCCGAUCGACUCUCCCACACAAUGUAGUUCUGCCUAAAUAUGUUUAAACUUUUAUGCUGUUAAUAAAAUGGAUGGAUGCAUGGAUUAUUUUUGCACAAUCAAAAAUGUUUAUGACCUUUCAAGAUUAGAAUGUGCUUUCUUUUUAAAAAAAAUAAAUAAAUAAAAUUAAUCUUUAUAUGGACUUUUAAAAACUUUUUAAAUUUAGUGAAUGGACUAUCAUGAUCUAAAUGCUGGUCCAGCUGCUGGGAAAAUUGUGCUUUAUUGUGUUUUUUGCUUUUUCUUUUUAAGUUCCUUCUGCUGACUUUCCGUUAAAUUUGUAAUUUUCCAACAGGUUUAUUCUGUAUGCACUGAAUGAAUAAAAACGGCUUCAAGUAUGUAAGAGGUCAAAAAAUACUAAGCAGUUAUAGCAUGUGUUAUUUAACUUGUCUUUAAAAGAUUCAACAUAUGAUGAUCUGACAUUGU